AACAAAAAGCGGCGAAAAGACAAAAAAAAACGGAACAAACAAAGACGCAAAAAGAACGCUAGAGUUAACGAGCGCUAAAAAGCAACAAGAAAAAAUCAAGCAAAAGCCGCGAUUCAGACGAGAGAGAGUGAGACAGCGAAAAAAAGAGGAGCAAACUUUUGAUUGAAAAUUUUCACUCCGCUUUCAUCCUUUCUGGAUUGUGUAAAUUUCUGAUUAAGAAACAAAAAACCAUCAACAAACGCGCGGCGCGAAGCGGAACUUAAUAUCCCGCACCAAAACCCCGCACCAAAAAAAAAAAAAAAGUGAUCAACCGAAACUGGGAAUCUAAAAAAUAUCAAAUAACAAAAGGACAGACGGCACACGGCUUUGCAGUUCCUGUUUCGUUUCUGUCAUGACAGUUCGGGCCUACGUGUUUCGAUAUUUUUUAUUGUUUAUGCACGGCAAGAUCGCCGCCUGCAGCCACAAACAUAUCUGACUGAUUCCGAUACCGAUUCCGCCGAUACCGAUACCGAUACCACAACCAUUACCACUACCAAAUUGAGCCGUGAACACUGAAAUUCGUGUGCGCGAGUGAGAACCCCACACACACACAAUACAGAAAACACCCCGUGAAACUCGGGUCGUUGACAAAGUAACGCAUUUAGUGAUAAGAGCCAAACGACUUUUGGCAAAAUGAGCAGACAAAACAGGAGCGGCAGGACGAGCAGAACGCACAGGAGGAGGGAGGGAGCCCAACUAUUGCUCCUUAUCGGCAUCGCAGUCGCAUCAUGUUUGCCGGGAACCGAGUCCUUCCAGCGCUUCUCGGAGCAGCCCAAGUAUACGGAGGUGAAUCCCGCCCAGGAUACGCUGCUCACAUGCAAAGUUAUCGACAAGCGCGGCACGUGCUCCUGGCAGAAGGAUAACAAGCCCGUUGGCAUCUAUACGAAGAAAUACGAAUGGGCCUCACGUCUGCCGACGGGCGACAACGGGAAUGUCCUGCAUCUGGACCUCCAUCCGCCGCCAGUGCAAAUAGGCGGCGACUGCUCGUUGUGGAUACGCUCCGCCACGCUAGACUUCGACGACGGUCUGUGGGAGUGCCAGGUGACGGCCAGUGACUUUACCACCCAGGACGCUCUCACCAGUCAGCCGGUGCGCCUCGUCGUACGUGUCGCGCCACAGCGGCCUAGGAUCGAGUACGAGGCGGUACACGUGCCGCCGGGACACAACAUUACCGCAGACGCCGGCGCCGUGGCGACGGUUAAGUGCGUCUCCCAUUACGGCAAUCCGCCGGCCACCCUCAAAUGGUAUUUGGGCGACCAGGAGAUUUCCCCCUUGCACCCGCAGAUGAAUGCCACCGAGCCGGAUAAUCCGCGCACCUGGUCGGCCACCUCGGUGGUGCAGGUGUCCGCGAUGCGAGAGCGCCACGGGGACAUGCUGCGGUGUGUCGCCCACCAUGAGUCCUACCAGGCUAAAUCCGUAAUGGUGGAUGCCCGGCUGGAUGUGAAAUACGCGCCAAGCAUCCGUCUAAUUGGCUCGCCGGAAAUCGACUUGGAGGAGGACAAGGACGCGCUCGUCCUGCGCUGCGUGGCCGAUGCCAAUCCGCCGGCCAGCAUCGUCUGGCGGCGAGCCGGUCGCUCUGAGAUUGCCAGCUUGCAGGAAACUCUGCAAUUGCGUCCUGUCGGGCGACGGGAUGCCGGACUGUACACCUGCCAGGCGCAGAACUCGGUGGGCACCUCCGAGCAGCUGUCGGUGCAGUUGGACGUAAAGUAUCCGCCCAAAAUUAUUUCAGCUGGCCCGGAUCGCCUCACCACCGCCCCGCUGUUCAGUCCCGCCGCCUUCGAGUGCCUGGCCGAUGGUAAUCCCUUGCCAUCCUUCAAAUGGGUACAGAGAAUGUCCAGCGGGACCAAGUACAUGGAGCGGGGCUUUGAGUCCAGACUGGUCAUUGACAAUGUCACCUACGAGUACCAGGGCGAGUACGAGUGCCGGGCCACCAGCUACAUCAAUGGCCAGGAGCGAGUGGCCGUAUCCGAUCCGGUGUCGCUCCAAGUUGUGGGUGCUCCCCAGGUCCUGCGCCUCCAUCCAUCGCUGCAUACCGUCUCCGUGAAGAGGAACGAAGCUGCCAGCCUAACAAUGGUCGUCUGUGCGGAUCCGCGACCCAUCCGCGUCGCCUGGGAAUGGGGCUCACUGCGUCUGGAGGCUGGCUCGGGCAUCGAUCGCUUCCGGGCCGACGAUGUGCAGCCGGACACCCGCGAGGACUGCUACCUAUCGACACUGCACAUCCUUCACACGGACGAGCAUGACUCCAGGCCCUACUACCUGGUGGUGGAGAACGAGCGGGGCACCGAUCGUCAUGCCAUACACCUGAUUGUGGAGGGUACGUUUGCAGAACCCUACGAGAUGAGCUACCUGAUGGGCGUCGCCGGAGGCUGCAUGGCGGCCAUCCUUUUACUGGUCUGCCUCUGCAUCUACGCCAUCAAGAGCAAGAGAUGCUGCUUCAAGGGAUCCACGGGCUAUAAAUCAUCGGAUAAAGACAGCGAGAAAGCUGAUUUGAAAUCACGUUCGGAUAGCACGAGUGGCCCUCAAGGUGAUUCGAUUUACACCACGCCCGCCGGCUUCCAUCACCACCAGCAGCAGCAGCAGCAGCAGCAACAGCAACAACAGCUGCAGCAGCAGCAGGCAGCAGCGGCUGCGGCCGCCGCUCUCCACGCAGCCUCGCAGCAUCCGCAGCAACAGUACCCGGGACAUGGAUCGCCGGAGGCAAUGAAGAGCGUGCCGGUCCUUCGCACAUUCGGUGGUCAUCACAUCGCGUAGCGCGAGCGGGAGCGGGAACUGGGCGUGGCCAGCACCGCAGCGACAGUAGCGGCGACCACUUGCAGCUCUCCGUCGACCACAAUAGCCACGCCCACCGGUACGCCGCCGUUGCUGCCGCCGCUGCCAUUGCCCAACGCGUUCGUAGCCAUCAAGACCAAGUCAGACAGCAACAGUAAUAGCAACAGCAACAACAGUCUCACCAUGCACAGCGGAAACAACAGCUUCAAGUCGAGUGGACACAGAAAGUCGCCGCAACCCCAGCCGCCACCGCUGCCCCUUAAGAACGGUUCCAAGCUGCAGCAACAGCAACAGGGAGGCGGCACGGAGUCGCACUACCAACACCUGAGCUACAACACACGCAACACACUGGACCGCAAACAGGCCAACGGCUCUGGCUCUGGCGGUGACUACUGCACCCAGAUCAAUCCCCACUAUCUGCAGACCUUUGACAGCCUGGACCACUACAGUGUUGCCACCAUGCAGCAGCAACAUCAGCAGCAGCAACCGCUGCGCAGUCAGUCUAAAUCGCAGAUCUACAGCUACGGCAGCAGCGGCACGGCCAGCGACAACAGCAGCCACCAGCAGCAGCUCCCGCAGCAACAACAGCAGCAACAGCACUAUCACAGCAGUAGCAACAUUGCCCAAAUCGAGCAUCACUAUCAUCCGCAGCACGGUGGCGAUCGCUACAGUCACCCACACGUGCAGCAGCAACAGCAGCAGCAGCACCAUCACCAGCAGCACCACAGCCUGAAGCACACCAAGCACGGCAAGGGGCACAAGAAUGGCAAGCACGGCUCGAAGGGCAGCAGCAGCAGCAACAGCAAGUCGCAGGACGACUUCAAGGCCAUGCACAAGCAACAGCAGCAGCAGCAGCAACAACAGAAGUGCAGCAGCAGCAAGUCAGCAAAGCGCAACGGUUGUGGCAACCAGGUGCUGCCACUGCCACCGCAGCAGCAGCAACAGCAGCACUACUCCAGCUCCAGUGAUAGCCUACCAUUCGAUAAUAACUAUUAUUAGACGCACUUGCACCCUA